AAUAUUCAUUUUACCUACGAAAGUGUAUUAAUUAUCAGCUUUCUUCUCUCUUUUAAAUGUUAACAUUAAUAAAAAAGAAUACAUUAACAACAUAGACUGUGAUUUAGUUUCGAUAUCAACACUACUUUCAAAUGUGCAUUUAUUUUUUCGAGUGAAAAAUUUGUGUCAGUGUAUAAGGGUCAUUUUAUAUGAACGAUAAAAGAGCGAACUAGUAAGGAGAGGGAGCAACGAGAAGCGCUCGUGCAUAUAAUACAUACAUAUUUUCACAUAUCUGUAUAGGCGGUUGAUUUAACAGGUGUGGCGGAAAGACGCGUUAUCACGGAGUGGAAACACAAAUUGGUCAAAAAGAUUGUAAUCCCACAUCAUAUACUUGGUGAAUUCAGUCAUCGCGUAACUCUUCGAGUGUUUAAGAGAGCCCCCUAUACGCAUACGUUGUCAGUCGGUUACGGAAUCAAGGAAACUUAGCGAAAACGACGGGAACGUAACGAAUAACGUGAACAUCAUAAGCAGCAGCAAAAUGUCAGAGAAUAACGUGCCGCCGGUCUCCUCGAAAUUAAAGAACCCGAUACCAUUGACUUACUGGGAAUUCAUAUGCAGUUUCUUCAAUGAAAUAAUUAGUAGUCCUAUAAACCUCGCCCUUGUCGCCAUCAUUGCCUGGCUCGUGUACAAAAUAUUUCAAAAUAAGCCUAAACAGGAAGAGCCGGCCCAAGUAAUCAAGGAACUUGCCAAAAUAAAACGCGACUUCACACUUGAAGAGCUCAAAGAGUACAAUGGCACGGGACCCGAUGGUCGCAUACUUGUAGCUGUCAAUGGGAACGUAUACGAUGUGACCAAAGGAGCAAAUUUCUACGGUCCCGAUGGGCCAUAUGCAGCGUUGGGAGGAAGAGAUGCGAGCAGAUGUUUGGCUACAUUUUCAAUUGAUCUAGGUAAAGACGAAUAUGAUGAUCUCAGUGAUUUAAAUACAGAGGACAUGAAUUCAAUUAUAGAAUGGGAAGAACAAUUUAAAGAGAGUUAUGACUAUGUAGGUAAACUUUUACAACCUGGGGAUGCCCACACAAAUUAUUCAGAUGAGGAAGAAGAAGGUAGUCAACAGGAGAAUGAAUCAAAGAUCAAAAAGGAAUGACCAGUCAAGUGCUUGGUGAAGAUGAAAUUUCUAAUGGACAAUGCAUGCACACUAUUGUUACAUGAAAAUACAGAAAUAUUAAUGAGUA